AUGGAGAUUGAUCACUGCUUAAAUUACCUUCAUGAAGCCGAAGAAGGAAUAUGGAUGCGUAGACUCAAUCAGGUCGUCGCAGAUAACAGGCUUGCCGCUUGGCUUUCAAAGUUGCUUCCAGGAGAACCAUCUUGCCACUUCGAGACCAAAGUUACGAAAGGAUGCCAUAACCUCUGCCACAAACUGUUCUCGGAGGAUGGAACAGCGUAUUUGCUUCGUUUACCUCUCGUUAGAAGGGUUGCUCUUGAUUACGCCGACGAGAAGGUGGCUAUGGAAGUGGAAGCUUAUAAGUUGAUUCGAAAGAACACCACUAUGCCAGUUCCAAAGAUCUAUGCUUGGGGUCUUGCUAAUGCCAAUCCACUUGGCCUUGGUCCGUUCAUAUUAAUGGAAGUUAUUGAGGGUGUCACCCUCGGAGAGCGAUUUUGUGAAGAUUCAUUGCUACUCAAGAAAGAGAUUCAGGAUUGUGAUAUCGAAGCUAUCUACAGACAGAUGGCCAAAUUCAUGCUACAGCUCUUCAAGAUCGACUUCCCACGUAUUGGAAGUCUACCGACGCCAAUAACAUGGUUUCCUGCUCAUGCACGUCCACUUUCGAUGAAAGUGCACGAUCUUCUACAUGACGCAGGGGUGAAUGCCUUUGGUAACCGAACCCAGGGCUUUUCGACAACUAGCGAGUAUUUGCACUAUACUAUCCGCCAAGACCUACAACAGAUCCGAGAUCAAACUAACUCAAUCAUUGAGCAGCAGGAAGGAGAAUCAAAUUUUGCCUCGCUGAAGAUUCUAGAAUCCAUGAUACCCGAGAUGGUGAACAAAGACUACGAUCAAGGCCCUUUCAAACUUAUCUGCGACCACCUUUGCCCGCUAAACGUGAUCGUAAGGAGCCAAGACGAUCUCACAAUCGUUGGGAUGGUGGAUCUAGAAUGGGUUUAUGUGGGCCCAGCCCAGUUGUUCGCAUCGGCACCUUGGUGGCGUAUUUUCGAUCAUUCAAGCUACGGACCUUCAGAACCUGUGAAUGGAGAGCCUCUAGAGAUAUCCAAUCACUAUCUCAGACAUGCUGAGAUGUUCAAGCGCGUCUUAGAUGAAGAGGAGGGAAAGUUAUCAGAGCCUCAUGAGAAAGAACUCUCUAAGCUCAUUGCAUGGUCUGAGGAAUCAGGUGCUAUGUGGCUCCAUGAACUUGCUUCCAAUCCAUUCUUUAACUGUUCUAAUUUACCUUUCAAGCAGCUACAGCAAAAGUUGGGGGCUGAAAAAUGGAGAAAACAAAUGGAUGAGAUUUUGGGCCAGGAUGAAUCAAAAGAACUCCUGGAAAAGAAGCCAGGCGAGCUGGAGAUAUAUACCAAGAAGGUGGAGAAGGUCGUUGAUUACAAAGCUCUGCUAGACAAUGGUGAUAUGACAAAGGAGGAAUUUGUCACUAAAGUCAGCGAUUUCUUGGUAAAUGGAGAUACCAGCGAAAGCAGUCUCUUGGAUAAAUGGAUACGACCUUGGUGGUGA